AUUUUUGUCAAAUCUUGAAAAGCACCCAGCAUCCCAUCAUUCAGAAGGACGUGUUUUUAGUCCGUACAAACAGCUGAUCAGCCAGACAGCAGCUUCAUCAGUACAAUACACCAGUAACAAGUCAGAGAAGUAUGGAGAACAAGAGAAAGAUGAUGAUGUUCUGUCUGCUUUUGGCAGCUAUUAGCAGCCCUGUGUUCACUGGAGAGUGGAAGGCCUCUGUUGCCAAAAACCUUGAUGCCCUGGUUAAAUCCUGUGUUGUGAUACCCUGUUCAUUUACCCAUGCUAAAGAUGAGCUGCCCCACUCCAGACUCAGGGGGAUCUGGCAUCUUCCAGCAGGCCUAGGUCAACGCAUCUAUCAUGAGGAUCAGACGAUGAUCUUGGAAAACUACCGCGGCCGCACAAAGUUGUUGGGAAAUUUGGGCCAGGGCAACUGCACCUUGGAAAUGAUUGAAAUUAAAGAUCAUGACAAUGGCCCUUUCUGUUUUCGGAUUGAAUUAGUAGAAACAGGGACUGAAACAUCCAAAACGGACAAGUUCUCCUUUGUUGACAGUUGUGUCAGCUUUAAAAUGAUCAAUGUACCUCCAAAACCAACUCUGAUUCCACCAAAAAAAGCCAUUCAAGGUCAUGCCUACACCAUCGCCUGUUUAGUUCGCCAUACCUGCUCCUCUCAUGUACCUAAACUGACAUGGAGUAGAGGCACUGCAGAGGACAUCAUUGAGGUUCACAGAGAAAUUUAUCAAGGUACCUGGGAGGCUCAGUCCACUCUGACGUUCAUCACUGAGGAGAAGGAUGACCACAAAGACAUCACCUGCACUGCUGAAUUCUUUGGAGGGGGGAAAUCCACUGAAAAACUUACACUUUAUGUAAAACGUACAGAAAACUAUAACCACAUCAUCAUUCCUGCAGUAGUGGGGAUUGGCACCGCUGUGAUCUUUGGAGGCCUCUGUAUUUUCAUGGUGAAAAAAUACAAGAAUCGCAUUGCACAGCUCCAAAGUCAGGAUGGCACCAUGUGGAACCGGCUUUCCAGGAUGUCUCGCAGGUUUCGUUCUGAUGGCCCCGAACCACCUCAUACUGAUCGAAGAAGAUCUAUUUGGAGCAGAUUUUCGAGAAGGCCUAGGGCAGACAGGCAGGAUUUUGGUCAUAUGCCCAAUAAUGCAUGUUCAAAACCCAGCGCUGACCAGAAAGUGUCCAAGCCUCCCUUCCCAUCCCCCAAGAGUCAACCAAAAUCCUACAAUUACAAAGAGGAACUUGAUGAUGGUGAUGAUUACAUGAACACUGCUGACCUCAACGUCUAUGGAAACCUCUGAAAAAAAGAAAACUUUCCAAAGAGGGAGGAUUUGUACCCACAGCAGAUAAUCAACCUAAUCAUGCUUGCAAUGAUCAUGAGUGUUUCACUUUUGUUGUCUUACCAUUAAGAAAAAUUAUCUAAGGUUUUCAAAUGUCUGCCAUUGUACUUCUGCUUAACUCUAAGUAUGCUGCUGUUCAAUUUAGUAUAUUUGGUGGUU